GAUCGAAUCGCGCAAUACAACGCAGUUUAUGUUUGUGUUCAGCCGUAAGUAAUUCAAUAAUUUUGUUACUUUAUUUGAUACUGUAACAAUAUACGAUAUAAGUGAAAUAUUAACCGUUAUCAAUGCCCUACAUUCUGAUUAGAGGUAAUCUAGCGUCAUAUGGACACAAAAACCCUUGGCGUGUUUUGGUAUCCGGCUUAAAAGCUGGAGACAUAGAACAGCUCAAGAGGUUCGCAUGUGGUGGCUACUGCGACGAUUCAACGAUUGUUUAUUUACAACAUCCUUGUGUUAUUCUUAGCGCACUUGAGGUAUUAGGUUACAAGGUUGUGGCAUCUAGCUCUACGGCUGUCAAACAAGACUAUAAUGAGUAUAUGUGGACUAUGAGAAAGGAAUUUUCAGAGCCAGAACCCUCAAUAAUUGUGGAACAAGAUAAUAUAAACAAUUUCAGCAAGGAGGCUAUGCACUUGGGCAACUAUCAACAUCAGACAAAAGACGACGAAGUGUAAGCAGUAUCUUCAAAUUACAAAACAUAUCUUGAUAAGAUUAUUUUGUUUCAUACUAUGGACACAAAGGGUAGUCAGAACCUGUCCCCAUGCAACUUGGCUUCAAUACCAUUGACUGAAGAAGACGGAGUUGUUUAUAUUGCUAUCAAAGGGUCUCUGCAUGCAAAUGAUUGUUCUGUUUUUGGACUAGGAGAAGAAGAGAUAAGAG